CCAAGAAGCCUGACGUCGAGAGGAGUUCGUCGAUAAAUAAGUUCUCCAGAAACCCCGAAACCCCGCGACCACCGCCUCGCCGCUUCCACGACUGAGUGCGCUGACCGACGACGCCUCCACUACCGCCUCUCGCCCCUCGCCGCGCGCGACCGACGCCCACAGCCUUACGAUGGUGACCGACGCGGCCGCGAUGGCGGUCGUGAAGGCCGCGCGCCCCGUCUUCCGCGGCGCCCACGACGGCGUGGCGUUCGCCGCAAACGCCGCGUUCCUCGCCGCGGGAUACUCGCUCUGCGCCGUCGGCCCUGCCGCGCUCACCGACCCCCUUCCCGCAGUUGACGAGGAGGUGGGAAUUGAUGGGUGGAACACUAUGGACAAUUGCUAUGCCUUUCUGUACUCCAAGGAGGAGGAGGGCAAGAAGAAGCGCAUUUUAGUGAAAUGUCUAGUGAUUGAUGACUUCCUUGCUAUUGAUGCGCUGGAUCUUGAGGCACAACACAAGGAACCCUGCAAUGUCCAGAUAAAUGUGAAGGAUUUCUUCUCUGAAGAACAGCCCAAGAAUUAUAAGGAUAUGUACAAGAAUUUUGCGGGCUUCAUCAAUACCCUUAACUCAAGCUUGUUAGUUGAAUUGGAUGGUAAGAAUGCUGCUGCUGCUGCCGCCCAGAAGCCUGAUGUUAUGAGCAGUUCAUCAAUAAACAGUUCUGAAAAUGUUCUGCGGGAUACAAGGACUACUGAACCUGCUGGCCUGAUAUAUCCUCCAGUAGCUCUGUUUGGUCAUGAUGACACCUUCCCUGCUCCUGGUGCAGGCUUCUACCCUCACAGUGGUGGGCCGGGUGGUAGUAUGCACGUUGGCCCAAAUGAUCCACGCUUCUUUCCUUCAAAUCCUUCUCCUGCUCCUUUUGGUGGCCCUGGGAGUGUUCCACCUGGUGGCCGUUACGAUCCGAUCGGCCCGCCCGAUGUUCCAGGAUUUGAACCAUCUCGCUUUGUGAGGCGUUCGAGGCAUCCAGGUGGAAGCACUCACCCAGACCUCGAGUUCUUCCAACAAGGCCCAGACUUCUGAGACUCGGCUUCAUGCCACCUGCACCCUGCGCUGAAUGACUCUGCUUUGUUUGUGCUGCGCUCAUGAACUUUUUUUCAGUAGACCCUGCUUGGGAAGUUGGGAACAUGAAUGUAAACUUUGUAUUUACCUUCCAGACAAUGCUUUGUGACGGUUGACUGUACAGUUGUAUAUAGACCUGUCUCCGUA